AUGCGCGCUGACAAUACCCUUAUCGAUGAGCCAGAUCAUGAGCCACCAGCUGUUUACUGGGACAUGUUAAGCCAAGAUGACCAGACAACGUUCCAGCAACUGAGAAGCAGCUUUCUUGGGGAAAAUGUUCCUUCGAAGAAUAGGCACCAAGCGUCAUUCCAGAAAGAUCUCAUGAGGAUCUCCGAAUACAUAGAUAGGAGACCCGAUCAACAGGAUAUUCGAAGUAUAGUAUGUGGAAUUUAUUUUGGCGGUUCUUAUGUUUGCGUAAACACACGACAAUUAAAAUAUCUUGUAGGCCGGUGCAAGUCAAGUAUCAAUAACGGACUCCAAUCCCUAGGUUAUAUAUCUUCUAAAACCAGAGUUAGGCAAGUUAUAGGAUCAUUAUUGCCAGCAUUACAACACAAUGGCCCAGUAAUCAGACAAUGGACAUUGCGUCAAGCAGAAGCAUCAGCAGUUCCUCUGUCAUUUAGACUGAAUACAGUAAAUCCUACACCGAUUCCAAAAAAUCCACAACCAAUCAACAAACAGAGAGCGCCAUUCCCAACACCAAUUAUUAACAUGGACUACAGACCGCCGCCAAGGGAAGCGGAUACAAAUAUGCUUCUCGUACCAUCGAGUUUACCAAGGGUUCAAGCAGACUUUUUCGCCAUUCCUCCUAUUUCAGAACAGAUUCGGCCUGAACCUCCAAAGCCAGCAAUACCUAGACCUCUAUCUACUCCUGUCUUAGAUGACGGAUUUUAUAAUCUUUUCGACGAUGCAUUCUACCAAACUCCUAGUGAUUCUCAUGAUACUGACUUUAUAUUCGGCGAAUCGAUUUCUACAGAACGCAGUUGGUUUGACAUAGAUUGA